GAAGAAGAUGACGAUGACGAUGAAGAAGACGAGCGAAGAAAAUGGAAAACAGGAGAAGAGCCUUUGAGCAAUAUGCGAUGAGCUUUUAGAAGAAGAAAUCGAGGUUCGCACGAUUUUCCAUCAGUGCGAAACACGGACGGGCUAUUUUUCGGAAAAUUAUGAAGUACAAAUUUUCAAUACAGGAGGCGUUUCACGUGAAGAAGAACAAGAAGAUCGUUAUUUACAUCAGCUUCAGAACCAUUCGACGGAUCUUCAACAGCAUCACAGCAGCAACAGCAGGAGCACCGGUUAAUCGACGAGGAUGCCGCGGUCGACGACAGCGACACGGCGGUUCGUGCGGCGGUUACUGCGAAACGUGCAACGAGAGCCCAAAUAACAAGGGAGGCAACCUCCCUAAAGAGUCUCCCGAACGGAUGGAGACCUAUUUUCUAUUAUUAGAAGGAAUAAUGGAAGUAGCCGAGCGAUACGUGUUUAAGGUGGAGUAUGACCUUGAAUUUGAAAAACAAGAUGAUAAAACUCUAGCGCAGAUGAGGUAA